AUGACAGCCACGCCUGAGUUCUCCGCCGUCAAGGAGGAAAGCGAACUGGAGGCGCUCGAGAAGACGCGUUCUUUCUACGUGGAGCUUGCUUCAAACGAUGCCAACUCGGGGUUCCAUACCAAGAACGACCCGUCUAGCCCUUAUCAGAGAAAGAACGUCGUGCAAAGGAAGGGGGCCGUCGACGUCAAAUGCACCUGUGUCGAUAUCGUCCACGGCCGCUGGGGCCCUGACGAACCGGACACGGCAGCAACACUACUCGUUCUGGGCUUCCGUUUCGACUCGCGCAAGAGAGCGCGGCGGGUGGCUUUGGCUCACAUGGAAUUCGCCUUUUUUGGCAACGACGGCGAUCGCAACAACCCAGAGGUCGCUGCUAUUUCCUACGACAACAGCUACAGCCUGGCGCCAUCGCGGCGGACCGAGUCGACCACGACAGGCACUGAGGGUACUAUAGGCAGUGGCAUACCCGGAGCUGAGCUUUCCGGGACUGUCAAAUGGGAACGCACGUCAGAUGAGGAGACGACGGAUGCGGCGCACCUCGUCGGCUCCAUUGACCGGCUCGGGGCGCCGGUUGGCCCUUUCAACGCGGCGACUUGGACUCUUAAGGAGAACGCAACGACUAAGAAGGGCGUUCCUGCAGCUAUGCGCGUUGGGAUCUUGCUGAAACGGCCUAUGGAUGACGAUGAGUUUUACUGCACGGUAAAGGUCGAAACUGAGGUCGAUCUCAAGACGCGGAUCGAGCAGCUUUUUGGCGGUCGUGAUCAAGAUGAUCCCAUUCUCUUCCGCACGGAUGAGCCGCCAACGAAUAAGUUGAUGAAGUAUGAUGUUGAGAAUCUGGGCGCUUUUGACUUAGCUGCGAUUGAGGAUGUGACGGUCACUAUUGUGAAGAACGGAGUAAUAAAGGAAAUGUGA